GCCCUGCAGGAGGGACAGGCGCAUCGCUCGUGGUCGAGUCACCUUGUAGCGCGGCGGCAGGUUCCCCCCGUGGAAGGGCGAUGGCCGGGCUGGUCAACCUGGAGGACGAGGAGGAGGUGAAGGGCUACCUGGAGAACCUGGGCAUCGAGUACAGCUACCAGUGCUACAAGGAGGGCGAUCCGGACGGUUGCCAUCGAUUGGCUGAUUAUUUGGAGGGGGUGAAGAAGGACUUUGAAGCAGCUGCCAAGGUGCUAAAAGAAAACUGUGAAAAGAAUGAGAACAGUGAGAGUUGCUAUAAACUUGGAGCUUAUUAUGCAACUGGGAAAGGUGGACUCAGCCAAGAUUUGAAAGCUGCCUACAACUGCUUUUUGAAGUCUUGCGAAAAAGGUGGGAAGAAAUCAAUAAAUGCUUGCCACAACGUUGGACUUUUAGCACACGAUGGGCAAGUAAAUGAUGACAAACCUGACCCAGUCCUUGCCAGGGACUACUACACUAAAGCAUGUGAUGGCAGUUUUGCCCCUAGUUGUUUCAAUCUUAGUGCGAUAUAUCUUCAAGGAGCACCUGGGAUACCAAAGGACAUGAACCUGGCUUUGAAGUACUCUUUGAAAGCAUGUGACAUGGGUCAUGUGUGGGCAUGUGCCAAUGCCAGUCGAAUGUACAAACUAGGAGAUGGAAUUGAUAAGAAUGAUGCCAAGGCAGAGGCUCUGAAAAACAGGGCAAGAGACCUACAUAAAGAACAGCAGGAAGCUUCUAGAGCCUUAACAUUUGGGGAGUAAAUCCAAUUAAAUCAUUCACUGACUUCUAGGACUGCGCUUUUAAAUGGUGCAUAAACUUUAGCUGCAAACAAAAAACCCAUACCCAUUGCACUCACAAAAGAGGCAUCUGUAUGUACGUGUUUGCAUGUGCAAAUUUUUGGAUGUGCAACUGAUGCAUGUACAACUUUGGUGUACCAUUAUCUGAAAACUUGGCCCUUUCAUAUAGAACAGUUUUUCAGGCGAACAAACGUUUAGGGCCAAAUUUUCAAAGGCUCAGAGGACCCAGCUUUUAAAAUUGAAGGUGCAGUUUUAUGUGCUGACUUGUGGCUGCAAUCUUCCACAUCCACACAAAAGUGUAUGUGCAUAAUUACUCAAACCUGACUAUGCAAAACUGUGUCUGUAAUUUUAGAGACUACUUUGGAUAUUAUUACUGUGUCCGUAAGGGAUGCUAUAUAGAAGAACUUAUGUACUCUUGAGCACUCUUCUUUUCCAAAGACAAGCACUCACACUGAAAACCUAAACUUGAAUCAUCACAGGACAUGCUCCUUCCAUUGAUGCUGAAACACACUGAUCACUGAAGGUGGUAUUUAUUUUGUCUUCUAAAUGUAGUUUCUUUAGUUGCACUUCUCUGUUUACCAAGGUUACAAAAGGGAUAUAACUUAGCUGACAUGGUGAUGAGUGAAGUUUUAAAACUCAGAUGCACAUAUAUAAAUCUUGAUUUCUUGAAAGUCCAGUAAAUCUUAUCUAGAUACUUCUGAAUGUCAUUAAGUGUCCUUUAUUUAUGUAAAUUGUUU